AUGGCCGCCACUGCCGAUAUCGAGUCGUCGCAGGGACUCGCCCCUUCCAGACGAGCCUCGCUUCGAUUCCAUCAGAGGCCUCGCACUGCAUGUGGAGAUCUCGAAGCAUUCACAGCGCCUACCCUCCCUCGAUCCAAGACCUCCCGAUGGUCCCUAGGCCCAGCAACAAUGAAUCGAGAUGUGCACGAUUGGAUCUCAUUCAUUCGAAGUCAAGAGCAUGAAGAGUGCGCCAUAAUAAGCCCAACUGAUGCGCAGCACGAGCAAACAAGAUCUACUUACAGUCGCUCAGCCUCUUUCGCUGGAUUAACUGCUCCAGCUCACCAGCGACGAGCCUCGCAACUUGGCCAAUCCUUUAAGCAGGGUUUAUCUGAACUACGCUCCCUUGGUCGUAGAAUGUCCUUGACCAUCCGCGGGAAAAAUGCGAGGCAUAAGGAAGAUAGGGUCGAGCACAGACGACCUUCGACACUAGCUCCCUUCAAGUCCGACGAGAAAAUGAUGGAUAUCACAGAAGCUGUGACUUCCAGACCUUCGACUAGAGGCUGGCAUGUUCGACAACCAAGUUCCCGUCGCCGCCCGUCUCUACCUAUGCUCAACUCUGCCACCUUUCACCAAUUGACGACGUUAGAAAGUCCCUUGGAGCAAACGAUGCCUCCACGGUCCCGCGGCCAACCCGUCCUUUCAGACCUGGUAUAUGGUGGAGCUGGAGCCAGAGCUUCGGCAGCCGCGCAGAACGAGAGACUGAAUGCUUCGAGAGCUACUCCACUACCCCCAUAUUCGCCGCCUCACAAAGAGGUGAUUCGGGAUUCAGAGAGCGGCAUUGGUAUUGGACUUGACGAAGUGGACUCACGGCGAAGCUCAGCUUCCGUUCAGCCUCAUCCUGUUGCCCAGGACCCGGCUGCAGUUUUGGCGACCGAACUCAUGGAGUCCGUGCUUUCAUAUCUGGAUCUCGAGUCAUUACAUCAAGCCACUCUUGUCUCUCAGCGAUGGCGACAGCUCUGCCAGUCGCAAGCCGUCUGGCGAGAUGUGUUCGUCCGAGACUUUGCUCCCAAGCAACCAAUGCCUUAUUGGGAGGGUCAAGUUCGUCACAUCCCCGGCAUGGGCAAGAACAAGCCUGGUCAAGACUACCAUCUGUUGUACAAGGUUCGGACCCAGAUCGACAAGCGGUGGGACAGCGGACAGGCUGCAGCGAUUUACCUGAAUGGACACAAAGACAGUGUCUAUUGCGUACAAUUUGAUGAGGACAAGAUCAUUACAGGAUCUCGGGACAAUACCAUUCGAGUCUGGGAUGCUCAUACCUAUCGUUGCAUUCGAAAGUUAGGCCCACCGAAUAACCAUCGGGAAAGACAUCGGCAGGACAGGCCACCCGUCGAGCCGUCCGGAGUUGUGCCAUUCUUUCAAGCCGACAUUAGCUCCCCAGAUCCAGUCGGCCCGGCUCUUGAUGCAUGGCACCAGGCCUCAGUCUUGUGUCUGCAGUACGAUGAGCAGAUUCUAGUUAGUGGAUCAUCUGAUUUCACCUGCCUCGUGUGGUCUAUCAAGGAUAACUAUCGUCCUCUGUUCCGUUUGAGCGGACACACUGCUGGCGUGCUUGACGUUUGCAUUGAUCGCAGGUUCAUCAUCACCUGCUCGAAAGAUACUAGCAUCAAGAUCUGGGAUCGCACUACGGGCAGACUGCUGAAGACGCUUGUCGGUCAUCGUGGACCAGUGAAUGCCGUUCAAGUGCGCGGAAACUUACUUGCCAGUGCUAGUGGCGAUGGCAUGUCUAAGCUUUGGCGACUGGAAGAUGGACAGUGCAUCAAAGAGUUCCAAUCCAAGGAUCGCGGAUUGGCUUGUGUCGAAUUCUCCGAAGAUGGUCGAACUAUCUUUGCUGGGGGCAACGACAAAGUCAUCUACGAAUACGACACGGUGACGGGUCACAGAUUGCGCGAGCUGAAAGGUCACAGUGAUCUUGUACGGUCGCUGCAUUUGGAUUCGGCCAACUCGCGCCUUGUUAGUGGAAGUUACGACUCUUCUAUCAAGGUAUGGGAUGCCAAAAAGGGCGAGUCGGCCGAGGACGGGGGUCUGAAAAUCAACUUUGAGGGAUGGAGUUCUAGCUGGAUGUUAGCCGCGAAGAGCAACUACCGCAAAAUUGUGUGUACGAGUCAGGAUGGAAGAGUGGUUAUUGUUGAUUUUGGCUAUGGCAUUGAAGGCAUCGAACUGGUUGAAGCAUAG